UGUAAUAUUUUACUCAUAUUAUUGUUGUUAUCUAUAGUAGGACCCAAUACUAUUGAAGAAUGGGACACAUCAUCACAUUAUUCUCGUCUUGGUCCAAACAUUGUGAAAUGGGCUGAAUCGUGCUGACCGUUAGAUUUUUUUUUUUUCUUUCAUAAAUAAGAAACUCAUCGAGAUCGGACCUUCAUUACUUAGAUGAGACCCACCUUUAUCUCACUUCUAAAACUAGUAACUAAAUCAAGACUGUAAAAGAAGUUGAACUGUGUGAGUCACUGAGUGGAGUCUCCAAGUCCAAGCUCACAAUAACCCCAUUCCAUUAAUGGCGGACUACGAAGCCAACCACCACCACCAUCACCAACAGUCAAUGAUCCCCAAGGAGACAGCUCUCCAGGCCUUAAACACUAUCAUCCAGCUCCAUUUCGAGAAGACCCUCGAAAAGAAACGAGCCAUAGACCUUCAGAAGAAGGAGCUUCACAAGCUCUUCCUGCUUUUCUUCAUCUUCUUGGGUCUCGUCUUCUUGGCCGAAUCUCAGUCCCUUCGCCUCCAAUGCCGCCAUUGCUGGGUUCCCAUUAUCCUCCUUUCCUUGGCCCACCUUAUCUUCUACGUCUCCGUGGCCCAGACCCUCAGAUGCAUCAAUGGGUUCAAGUACCAGAGGCGAUGCCACAAGCUCACCCUUGGACUCGCCACCGAAAAGCUCAGGGAGAUGAAGAUUAGAAUUGUUAAUGGCGGCGGGGGACCUGGUGGAGAGUUUGAUGGAGUUGGGGACGAUGAGUUCGAGAUUCAUUACCAGGAACCACCUGAGAGUUACUUUGGUAAGUUCAAGAGAAAUUGGGCUCUGCAUUUUGGUUUCUUGAUCUUGAUCUAUGGGUUUAUGGUUUCCUCUUCUGUUGUUCUUUUAUGCUUUUAGAUUAUUUUUUUUUCCCUUUAUUAAUUGCAAUUAGAGGUUAAAAUUAUUAAAUGCCAAUUGACAUUAAAAUUGGCAUUUGAUAUUCUUUUUUCGGUUUUGGGUAUGAAAGUUUGGGAAGGAACGGAAUCCGACUUUGAAAUUGAAUGAAACAAAACAUAUUUGUUGGGAGUUAUGUGUAUUCCUUUUAUUUAGAAGAAUAAUUUUAUAUAUUUAUGGAUUUUUAUUUAAUUAUAGAGAAAGUGGUAAGAUUUUGUA